UUGUCACAGCAUAAAAGAGCCGGGGUGGGGGAAAGGAGCCCGCAUUCCUGCUUCGGGAUCGCAAACCGCGGCUCGCUUCAGGUCCUUGGCAUUCCAACCCAUGGCGACUUACAGCUUCAGGCAAACCUCCUCCGCGGCCGGGGGGCUCGGCGGCCGCUCGCUCCGUCUGGGGGGGGGUUCCUUCAGGGCUCCGAGCAUCCAUGGGGGAUCCGGUGGCAGGGGUGUGUCGGUCUCUUCCGCCAGAUUUGUCUCCUCCGGCCUAGGGAGCGGCCCGGGCGGUGGAUAUGGAGGUGCCUUCAGCAGCGGGUUUGGUGCAGGCUUCGGUGGAGGCUGUGGCGGAGGCUGGGGCUCUGGGGAUGGUCUCCUCUCGGGGAAUGAAACGACGAUGCAAAACCUGAACGACCGCCUCGCGUCCUACCUGGACAAAGUGCGUGCCUUGGAAGAAGCCAACGCAGAGCUUGAAACGAAGAUCCGUGAGUGGUACCUAAAACAAGGACCAGGCCCUGUCCAAGACUACAGCCCUUACUACAAGGCUAUUGAAGACCUCCGAGACCAGAUCCUUGCUGCCACUAUCGACAACUCGAAGGUUGUCCUGCAGAUUGACAACGCCAGGCUGGCUGCUGACGACUUCAAGACCAAGUUUGAAACAGAGCAGGCUCUGCGCAUGAGCGUGGAGGCUGACAUCAGCGGGCUGCGCAGGGUGCUGGACGAGCUGACGCUGGCGAGGACCGACCUGGAGCUGCAGAUUGAGAACCUGAAGGAGGAGCUGGCCUACCUGAAGAAGAACCACGAGGAGGAAAUGAGUGCCCUGGGAGGACAGGUGGCCGGCCAAGUCAGUGUAGAAGUGGACUCUGCUCCAGGCAUUGACCUGUCCAAGAUCCUGGCCGAUAUGAGAGACCAGUAUGAACACAUGGCGGAGAAGAACAGGAAGGAUGCUGAGGCCUGGUUCCACAGUAAGACUGAAGAGCUGAACCGUGAGGUAGCCAUCAAUACUGAACAGCUGCAGAGCAGCAAGUCCGAAGUCACCGACCUGAGACGCACCCUGCAAGGGCUGGAGAUAGAGCUGCAGUCCCAGCUCAGCAUGAAAGGCGCCCUGGAGAGCAGCCUGGCAGACACCGAAGGGCGUUACGGCGCACAGCUGGCGCAGAUCCAGGAGAUGAUUGGCAGCAUUGAGGCGCAGCUGGCUGAGCUCCGAGCUGAUCUGGAGCGCCAGAACAACGAAUACAAGAUGCUCAUGGAUGUCAAGACCCGGCUGGAGCAGGAGAUCGCUACUUACCGGCAGCUCCUGGAGGGUCAGGAGUCCCAGUUGUUUGGCUCCCUUUCUGGAUCUCCCGACAAAGGAGACAAGCUGGCAGAUGGAAAAUAGUACUGAAAGUCCCAUAAACGUCAUCUUCAAGAUGAAGAGAAAAAAGGGAAUUAAAAUGCAGAGAAAUCACACUAAACUGCUGGAAAUUAACUACACAGAAAAUCCUUGUCUACACAAAGCUUAGGUAGAUUGGUUCAUUUAGCAGAGAUUAAUUUGCAGACUAGGUUAGGUUUUUAAUUACCUCUUUCUUGUACUGAAAUGCUGUAUCUGCUCCAAUAAAGAUGAUCUUGCAAUCUCA